CAUUUCUGUAUGAACGGCCAUUUUCAAUCUUACCGUUGUCGAGGUUCUUGAAUCAUCAUCGAUUUUUAAGCAGAAUACCACUUGUACAACAAAUCUCUCGCAGGUAAGUAUCGUGAAUACAUCGCAUCAACGGAUCCUCACGCAGAGCUUCCGUUUGCUGGACGACCGACCGUGAAUGUUCGGAUCAGCAUAGAAAAGGGGUUCGCGUCAACCACAAACCGAGCCGUGUCAAUCCGCACACAAAAUGGAGGGAAAAGGUAAAAACAUGUCUCGCUAUCGUGAAUGGGAUCUAUCCUGUAAGGUUUAUGUGGGCAAUCUGGGUAGUAGUGCUAGCAAACACGAGAUCGAAAGUGCAUUCAGUAAGUAUGGCCCACUAAGAAAUGUGUGGGUAGCCAGAAAUCCACCUGGCUUUGCAUUUGUGGAAUUUGAAGAUCCACGAGAUGCUGAAGAUGCAGUUCGAGGAUUGGAUGGAACUCGAUGCUGUGGUACUAGAGUGAGAGUCGAGAUGUCAUCUGGAAGAAGCCGCCGCGGUGGUGGCGGUCGUAGACCUGGUCCUCGGUAUUCCAGGUCCAGAUCUCGCAGUCCUCGCAGGAGAUCAUUGACCCGGAGCCGUAGCCGAGAUCGUCGCUCGCGUUCGGAUUCCCGUGACAGACGUUAGAUGCUAAAAGUUCAAGAGAGAGAGAGAGAGAGAGAGAUAUAGAUAGAAAGAAAGAGAGAAAACCGAUCUACUUUAUGUGGCGGAUGGAAGACAGAAAAAGAAAUAAAACGACAAUUUUGUAUAAGAUUUGUUAACCACACAUACAUAUACUACACAUUCAUGUUUUAAUUUAAACGACCAUGAUAAAAAAUGCAAUAAUAAGCAGAGUAAAAGACAUUUCGACGAAUUUUAUGCAGAUUUAGUUUUCAAGUUGUAAGUUUCUAAGUUAGUUUUUUCAUAAGGGUGCAUUCAGAUUAAGAAAAACAAAAUUCAAGCACUGAUAAUAGAAUAUGAACAAGCUAUUAAUAUAACUUUUGUUUGGUUUAAAAUUUGCUUUUCCACUCUUUAUGUGAAUGCGCCCUAACAAUAUAUGUACACAUACAUGGAAAAUUAUAAUGCACAUCAUAGCAUCUUAAUUGUAAUUGGUAUCCAUUAUAUUGUAUCAAGAUGCUAUGUUAUUUAUAAGAUUACAAAGUAAGUCCAAUAUUAUUACUUUUAAGGUAUUUCACAAGUAAUAACAAUAAUAAUAAAUAAUGUGAUGAUAAUAAUUAGGACUCGAAAGUUUGUGCAUCCUGUGUCGUUGAGUACUAUUCCGUGCAAGUUGUGUGUAUGUAUGUAAUGACUGGCUGUCGAACAUAAAUACACACAGCGCGCGUGUUCAGUGAGGGAUUUCGUACGAACUUUCAAGCCCUAAUAAUAAUUAUUAAUUAUUAUCAAUAUUUGUUCAUCCAAUUGUUCUAUUAUCUGUACUAUUUGGUAAAAGGAUGAGAAAAGAGCGAUUUUUUUGACAUAAUUGUUUUGUAUACUUGUAUUAGAAAUUUAAGACACAACAAAUAAAUUGUGAAUAAUAA